AUGCCGCCGCGCCGCCGGGAAACUUGGGGCUACCACAGCGUCCGCGCCCGCCCCUUCGGCGGCUUCUCCGCCAAGAUCCAGUUCCGCGAGGUGCGCCUCGGCCUCGGCACUUUCGACACCGCCCACGAGGUUGCCCGCGUGUACGACGCGGCGACAUGGCACCUCUGGCGGCCUCAUAGGGAGAUGAACUUCCCCAACGUGCCGACGCGGGAGCGGGCGAAGGAGCUCGCGCCUCCGCCGCGGCUUAUAACCGACCACGAUCGUCGCAACCGGAGGCGGGAGCACCAUCUCGGCAUCGCCGAGAUGGAUGAGGAAGCCAUGGCGCUGUGGCGCCAACACUUCCCGCAGGACAUCAUCAACGAGCGUGAGUUCUACGCGCAAAGGAGGGCGGAGAGGGAGAAGAGGAGGGCGGGGCGAGCUGCCUAUCAUGAGGACAGGUGUACGCGGAAGGCGGCCGCUCAAUUCAACAUCAAGCUAGGAGCAGCGUCACCCUGGGACUCCGACGAUGAUCGGUAUCUUGACGCCUACAUUGAGACGUCGGAGGAGGACAUCACCGAGGCGGAGUCGAAUGACGAGGAGUAGUUGAACUAUCUAUUUUCCUAUCUAUCUAUGCUAUAUCUAUGCUGAGAACUAUCUAUGUAUCUAUCUAUGUCAGUAUCGACUCGGAGUCGAAUGUGUAUCGAGUCAGAGUAGAAAGGAGAAAAAAAUAUAGCGCGUUUGCUGGAGCGGCGCGCACGCGCAAUUUUUUUGCAGCGGCCGCUGGAGCCAGCACUCCGCGGCCCGCAAAAACUGGCUAUUCCAGCGCUGUAAAUGCUUUUUUAACGCGCCGCGCGUUGCGCUUCUGUUGGAGAUGCUCUAACAUGGCAGAUGAGUGCUUUAAUG